UUGCCCUCUUGAUCCACUGUUUUCUAUGCCUUGGCAGCAUAAGCACCAUUCAUUAAACUUGUUUCAUAUAGUAUAACCUCCUAAUUCAACUAAAAGUAUUUUGAGCAUUCAAUUAUAAAUGCGUGCGACAUAUGUUAGAUGAAAAAUUUUCUUUUUAGUACUAAUGAGGAUCCAAGUAUUUGUGUUUUCUUUUCACAAGGAAGGUUUCAGUUACAUAUUUUAUCUGUGGUUCUUUUAAAAGGGUACAGGUGUUGCACAUGGUGUAUUUUAAUGCAUAGGACAUAAAACUUUAGUUCCCCAACCAAAAAGGUUGGAGAGAAAUUAAUAUUUGUUUGGGCAAUCAAAUUCUAUAACCAAUUUUAGAAUUAUUGUUAUAUAUCAAUCUAUUAUGGCCUAUAAUUGUAUUUUUCAUAUGGGCAUAGCAUUCUCCAUCAUGAAAGAUGAGAAUCAUGGAGUUCAUUAAGAUUGAGCCUUGAGAGUUAUACAGUCUAAUCAACCAGAUUCAUCAAUGGUAGCACUGAUUCCCUUCAUGGAUGUUGAAGCCUUCUCAUGAUCUGCUUCUUUCACAUUACAGACACAGCCUACAAAAAGAGAUGGUUGAUUUGAGAAAUUUUAGUGGCAAGUAGUGGGCUUUAAGGUCUUCUUGACUUGCAAGACUUUUUAUGUGACAAACUAAACAUGAUCAAUGUUCUCUUAAUUUGAAGGGUCAUGUCCCUCUAUAGAUAUUAUCUAAUCAUUGGCACUUAACAGGUGAAAAGAGCCAGUGAAGGCAUUUAUGGAGUUGAUGCACAAUUUGCAGGGAUGGAUUUUUUGGAAUCAUUGGUAUCAGAAUUUUCUCCCUCCACUGCUACAUCCAUGGGGCUGCCCAGAGAGUUUCACGAGCUGUGCCAGUUAUCAUUUGAGAAGAACUAUUUAAAGGAGUUCUAUGUCUGGGGCCAAAAUGCUGCAGUAAGUUUUGGGGAUAAAAUAGUAGGUUCUGCUGCGACAACCGUGUCCGAAAUCAAGGUUUGCUCUGCAGCUUUGCGGCUCAUGUGCCAGAUUUUGAACUGGAGUUUCAAGCAGGCUGCCAGUGUUUCUGGUCCAUCAAGUAGUAAAACACAUGCUUUCUCGUCCGGAAUCAGGCAUGACACUCUGUUGCUGAAAAAAUUUGAACGUUCACUUGUAGAGCCAGGGCCUGCAUGGCAUGAUGUUCUUAUAUCAAGUGGACACACUAUCUGGAUUCUGAACUUAUAUGAGGCUCUUCGACAAAAGUAUUCAUCUGAUAAUUUGUCGUGGAUUGAGUCUCCUCUUGCUGUUUCUGCUCGGCAGCUUAUAGUUCAACUUUGCUCCUUGUCAGGGUCUAUAUUUCCCUCUGAUAAUGGACAGAUGCAAAUCAAGCACCUGACGCAGAUACUAUCAGCAAUAAUCAAAUGGAUUGAGCCUGCAGAUCUUAUUUUGGAAGCAAUCACAACUGAGCAUAGAGACAGUGAAGUGCUUGAUGCUUGCCAUGCACUGCUUUCAAUAGCAACCCUUACCGAUUGCAUGCUGUUUGACAAUUUGCUAAGAUCCGUAAGACCUUUUGGUACACUCCGAGUGCUGGCUACCUUGACAUGUGAAGUUGUAAAAGCCUAUACUGCUAGUGCCGAUGAGGAUGAUAGAUGGAGUUCAGAGGCCCUGGACAUCUUGUUAGAGGCAUGGGGCGUCGUCCUUGGGAGAUCAGAUUUUACCAAAACUUCAAUUUCAACUGAAGCUGUUGCUGAUACUGCCAAUUUGUUCAAUGUUAUUGUUGAAUCUUACCUCAAUGCUGCUGCCAGGACAGCCUUGGAUGAUGACAAUCAGUCAGAGCACUUUCAUGCCUCUAUUUCAAGAAGGGAUGAAAUGCUGAGGUCAUAUUCUCUUAUUGCUCGGGCAGCAGCUGAUGUCACUGUGCCUUUUCUUGUGAGGCUUUUUUCUGAACGUGUUUCCUUACUACUUAGUCAGAAAAGUACAAAUGAUGCCAUUAGCCUUUUGGAAGAACUCUAUUGGCUGUUGUUGAUAACUGGUCACGUCCUCACAGAUUCAGGGGAGGGAGAGACAAUACUUGUCCCAGAAGCAUUACAAGCCAGCUUUUCAAAUAUUCCGGAAGAAGCCCAACAUCCUGUUGUAGUGCUUUCCUGGUCGAUUAUUAGUUUUGCCAGACACAGCUUAAAUCCAGAAACAAGGACAUGUUACUUCAGUCCUCGUCUAAUGGAGGCAGUCAUAUGGUUCCUUGCUAGGUGGGCGGAUACAUACGUAAUGCCACUUGACGGAACUAAGGGUCACAUUUGCACACCUCACGAAUCACAAGUUUCUAAAAGGGUUCUGCAUAGUUUUGCUGGGGAAAAUGAUCAAGGAAAGCUGGUACUUGAUACUAUUGUUCGCAUCUCCAUGGUGGCACUCUCAUCUUAUCCUGGGGAGAAUGAACUGCAGACAAUGACAUGUCACCAUCUUCUUGUUGCACUUGUUCGGCGGAGAAAUGUUUGCGCUCACCUUGUUACUUUGGAAUCCUGGGCAGGUAUAGCAAAUGCCUUUGUAAAUGAAAGGACUUUGUUUCAACUAAAUGCUCGAGUCCAACGUUAUCUUGCACAAGCGCUUGUUUCUGCAGCUUUUGGCCUCAAAGAUUCUGAGGCAUCAAAUCAGUAUGUCAGGAAUCUCCUGGGACCAAUGACCACAUACCUUAAAGAUAUCUCUAUUCAAAAUAAUCUCAAGGGUUUUGCCCAGCAAGCUGAUGUAAUAUACACGGUUAUUUGUUUGAUGGAGCGACUAAGGGGAGCUAUGAGGGCAACUCAACCAAGAACUCAAAAGGCUACUUUUGAGAUGGGUCAUGCCGUGAUGGACUCCCUGUUGACUCUUCUAGAAGUAUACAAAAAUCAGUCUGCAGUGGUGUACCAGAUACUCAAAUUUGUGGUUGAUUUGGUUGAUGCACAAGUCACGUUUUUGAAUGCUGAAGACACAUCGAUCUUGGUUAGCUUCUGCUUGCAGCUGCUAAAAGUUUACUCUUCUCAUAACAUUGGUAAGAUCUCGCUAUCUCUUUCUUCUAGCUUGCAAAGUGAGGCCCAAUUUGAGAAGUACAAAGACUUGCGUGCUUUGCUUCAGCUCCUGGUUCAUUUGUGUUCGAAGGAUCUGGUUGAUUUCUCAUCAGGUUCUGAUGAGGCGGAUAGCCCAGAAAUCGCUAAUGUCGUGUUCAUUGGACUUCACAUUAUUACUCCUCUUAUAUCUUUGGAUCUUCUGAAAUACCCCAAACUCAGUUUUGAUUAUUUUGCACUUUUAUCACACAUGUUAGAAGUGUACCCUGAGAAGGUUGCUCAAUUGAACAAGGAUGCCUUUGCUCAUAUUGCUCAUACCCUUGAUUUUGGACUUCAUGGCCAGGACAUUGAUGUUGUUGAUAGGUGUUUGAGAGCAGUCGAUGCUCUUGUGUCAUAUCACUUCAAGUCAAGGGUUAAAGGGGAGGAAGGUUUGGGUGCAUAUGCCAUAGAUUGUCAAGGCACAAAUGGUGAACUACAGGAGAGUAUCUUGAAGCAUUUCCUACGGAUUCUUCUGCAACUACUACUUUUUGAAGAUUUCAGAAUGGAACUUGUUGGCUCCAUGGCAGAUGCUCUUCUUCCAUUACUUCUUUGCGAGCAUGAUUCAUACCAAAGAAUGGUGCAUGAGCUCCUGGAAAGACAGUCAAAUCCUGAUACGAAAACCAGGCUAGCUGACGCAUUACAGCGCCUCACAAGCACAAACCAGCUCACUUCAUCUCUUGAAAGAUCAAACCGCCAACGAUUCAGGAAAAAUCUCCAGAUAUUCUUGACAGAUAUUUCUGGCUACAUGAGGACAAAAGUAGACAUGCACAACAGAAAAGCAGCAAAGCCAGUUUUACCAUAUAUAUCCCUUUCCCUUCCGGGGCAGCUGAUGCUGUUCACUUUAGCAUCAUUACUAAAAAAAAUCAAAGAAAAUCAGUGAUUUGAGUUGUGGAUUUUGAUUUUAUUGCAAGAGUACACUGAUACUGGACACCUUUGUACAUAUAUAUUUUUACUCUAUUCUUGUCUUGCUGUAAAUUUUGUUUAAAUUGAAUUUCAUUUGAUACAUUCUUUCCUUA